GAGCUGUCCGCGCUCGGGCUCUGUCCGGGCUCUGUCCGGGCUCUGUCCGGGCUCUGUCCGGGCUCUGUCCGCUCUCGGGCUCUGUCCGUGGUGCUGCCGCCCCCGCGGUCGAGCGCAGCCCCCGGACCGCGCCCGGCGCGGCCGCUCCUCGCCCGGCAUCCUGUUGCGCCGGGAGCACGGAGAGAAGGGAAGAGAAGGGAAGAGCAUCGUGCCGAGGAGCCCGAGCGCCGGCCCGGCUCGGAACAAUGGCUGCGCUGCCGCGGAUGCUCUGCGCGGCCGCGCUGGCCCUGCUGCUCUGGGCUGGAUUUUGCUCCUCGGUGUGUGUGGAGGUGCCAUCUGAGACAGAGGCUGUCCAAGGGACAGACAUGAAGCUGCUCUGCAUCUCCUGCAUGAAGAGGGAAGAGGUGACGGCCAGCACAGUGGUGGAAUGGUUCUACAGGCCCGAGGGGGGAAAGGAUGAGCCUAUCUACGAGUACAGGAAAACAAACCACGAAUUCCCGAGCCGCUUCAGCGGGCGGAUACAGUGGAACGGCAGCAAAGACAUGCAGGACGUGUCCAUCACCGUGCUGAACGUGACCCUCAACGAUUCGGGCAUCUACACCUGCAACAUCACCCGCGAGUUCGAGUUCGAGAUCCACCGGCCCCUCUUCCAGAGCUCCAGGCUCAUCCACCUCACCGUGGUGGAGGAGGCUGGAGAAGACUUCACCUCGGUCAUCUCAGAAAUCAUGAUGUAUAUUCUGCUGGUCUUCCUCACGCUGUGGCUGCUGAUUGAGAUGGUCUAUUGCUACAGGAAGGUGUCCAAGGCAGAGGAGGCUGCCCAGGAAAAUGCGACAGACUAUCUGGCGAUUCCGUCGGAAAACAAGGAGAACUGCGCUGUGCCUGUGGAGGAGUAGCAGGGAGGAGGCAGCGGAGCGAACGGCACCGAGGGGCUCUGAGGACAGAAGGACCGUGCCACGCCAGCCGGGUUUGAGGGGAGCUCUGCGCCGUCGGGAGGAACACGGGGAAGUGUAAAUCCUCUUCCAUUUGCCUCGGACUCUGUACAGCCUUGACUUUGGUCCCACGAGCCCAGCUGAGCUGCCAGCCCGGUGCUGAAGGACUCCUCCGUGGAGGCACGCCGAGCAAACGGCACAGGGGUGUGGGCAGCACGGCUCCUUCCCCAGUUUCUGUUCCACCAUCACCUCAAUGGCUUUGUAAAUGUUACCUGUCACUUCUCAGCUGCUCUCACCGCCACCUUUAUUUGCUAAAUGUGCUGCUUCUCCAUUGCAGAGGUUAAGGGUAUGUGUGGCACGUUGCUCUGAGCUGCAGGACUGUGAACAGAGUUGUCUUAGGGGGUUAUCCCACCACCUACUGUGGCUCAAGGGUUUUCUCGGUGUUAAAACAGGAAGAAUUUAAUUAAUUAAUGAAGCCACUCUGAAUUUUAGGCUGUCCAUGCACAAGCAGAGUAGGGUGAGGACUGUAAUACCCUAAAAUUGGAAAUGUAUAGUAGGAAGGACAGGUCCCUGUGCCAUGUCCACACUUCCUUCUGGAGGGAAUUGGGAAUACAGAUCCUGAAGGGAAGCAGGAUGAUGUCAGUAUAAGAAUCCCUCUCAUUUAUCAAGUGUCAAAGCCCUCACCCCCUCCCAGCUGCCUGGCACAGCAGGUUUGCUCCUGGAGUACAGUGGGGGGAGGAACCUGCAGAGCCACGUCCUGCAAGGCAGCAGGACAAGGGAUCCUUGGGAUCCUUCCAAGGGAUCCUUCCAAGCUUUUCCUGGGAAACCCCAGAAACGAAGGCAGCCUCAUGCUGGUAGGCAGGAGAAAUAAACAGGAUGCAAAGCCCUCACAGGAUGGCAGCUCAGUAAAAUGGUUGCACUUCUGUAACCGCGAUGGUUCUCUGGUGCUGUCGCAGCACCAUCUAGAGGGAUAGACAGAAAACACCCCGUUUAAUCCUAAUUCUCUCCAGAGGUAAUUAAUCACCAGUAUUAAUAGUCCGGAUUCGUCCUAAAUGAUCCUCUGUUGCCCAGGAAUCACCCUGGAAAUUCUGUAUUUCCUAUGCAAAUUCACCUUUUCUGAGGGUUAAGCAGAGUAAAAAUUGUUUUCUGCCCUUCAGAGCAGACCAGUUGAGCUCAACAGCUGGGAUUGGAAGGGGGGAAAAGGCAGAAACAUUGGAAUUGUGCCGUAAAACCAGGUUUGGGGGAAGGUUUGAUUUGUUGUACAGCAGAGUUGUGACACCCCUGCUGCAAUGGAGCCUGUGCUGCUUUGCCAGAGCCGACAAUUUCUGCUCCACUGACUGCUUGUAAGUGGUUCCAAAGUGCUCGUGACUCCAGGCAUGCUCCCCACCCACGGAAUCCCCUCCGCUUUGUUCCGCUGCUUUUUACGUGCUGGCUAAAAAUCACAGAAAUUACCCCGUCUGUAAGUCAGGCCCAGGCCAGAUUUCCAACUGGCACUCGCUCAAAACCCUUGUUUUAGAGCGGGUGUCUUUAGUAAACUGCUCCAGUGCAGCCCUGGUAGUAGGAUUGCUCCCAAAUCCAGAGCCAAGCCUGGCAAGGGGAGCACGUUUUCCAGAUGAAGCACACUCGUAGUCUGGGCACCAGCUCCCAAAAACCUGGGAUGUCCAAAAGAUUAUCCAAGCAGCUCCUCUUUGAAUUCAGCUGGACGUCAUCUUUCUCCCUAUCCCAGUUUGCCCGGCAGAAUCCUCAACUCGACAGAGGAGGGACUGGAUUGUAACUGGAGUUUCCAGCACUGCCCACGGCAUUGAGCCCACGGUGAAUUUCAGGACACCCCUCUCCCACUUCAGCUCUGCUCCUCAGUCCCUGAGAACCACGGUUAACCCGCUGGUGUCCUACUGUUAAAUCCAAAAAGGAGAGAACCCAAGAACUUCUUGAGAGCUACCUCAGGUGGUAAAGAAGGGCCGUCCCCUUGUCCUGCACCUCCCUGUAUCCCACAGGCAUCUUCUGCAGAUGCUCUUUCUUUUUUUUUUUCUGGACAAAUCUUUCACUUUUCCAGUUCCUGCAGACAGAGGCGACCACUGCCACGUGGUGUUCCAAGCAGGAGGAAACGGGGUGCAAUCUCACAGGGGGAAAAAAGUAGUAAUAAUAAUUUUAAAAAUUGGUGAUUUUUUCAGCCUGGAAGAGAUGGUCCUGGCACAAACUCUGUAUGUGUGUGUGUGUUCGGAAGGAGAGAGGAGACUCCGGAAUAGGCAGGAUAAUAAAAAGAACCAAGAGCCAC